AUGGAAGCAUUAUUUGAAUAUAUUGAUGCAAAUAUCUGUGAUCUAUUGAAUUCCAAUUCUUCGAUAAAUGAUGACGAUGAAUUAAAAGAAUGGGAAUUUCAAAAAAUUUAUGAAGAUUUAAUAACAGUUCUAAAUAUUACUCGUGAUGAUCCUCACAAACCAUUUGAUGAUUUAAUUAGUGAUGGAGCAAUGCAUUAUGAAAUGAAUUCUCUUGAAAAGACACCCAAUUUCAGUGUGUCUGGUAAUCCUGAAUCAUCUUCAAAAGAUGAAAGUUCAUCACCUUUAAAUGAAAAUAAUGAUGAUACAGAAUGUUUUAAUGCUAACGAAUGGAUUAUUCAUGAUUUUUCAUCAUUGAAAAUGAGACCUCCAAAAUUAUCUGAAUUUCUUCGUUUACUUCUUUAUAAUCCACGUUAUGCUGCAUACACAUCUUGGGUAAACAAAAAUGAAGGUUUAUUUAAAAUUCAUAAUCCAGCAAAAGUUGCUAGUCUUUGGAAAAAAGUAAAAUUACGACGAACCCAUGGACCAAUGGAUUAUGAGAGUUUUUCACGUGGUAUUCGAUAUUAUUAUAAAUCUGGAUUAAUGAUUAAAACAUAUAGAAGACAUACUUAUCGUUUUGCUCAAAAAGAAAGCUUUUAA